AGAAGUUCUAGGAAGAAUGGCAGAAACUCAGACACUCAACUUCGGACCAGAAUGGUUAGUAUAGCCUCAUGUUAAUGAUUUCUUCUUGCGCUGAAAUGUUGUAUUAGGUUGAUUAACAGGGAUCUGGGUUGUUAGCUGGUUUUUCUUUUGAUACCUGGUGCCUCACAUUUUGAGGCCUGCCAGUUGUCCUCUAAACUUCACUUUUGUCUUUCUCCUUCUGUCCCUAUUCCCCCACUGCGUUUUCCCCAGGCUCCGGGCCCUGUCUGGGGGUGGCCAUGGGGGUGGUAGCAGCAGUAGCAUUGCCACCUCACCACCUCUCUCGCCUGCAUUGCCAAAGUAUAAACUUGCGGACUACCGCUACGGGAGAGAAGAAAUGCUAGCACUUUAUGUAAAGGAUAGGGAGGUGAGGCAAAUGCAUUCUGAUGUGUUCUAAAAGGAUACAGAAAUACAUGAUUGGCAUGUAAAUAAAGUGACUUGUAUCAGCAGGUUGUAAAUGGUGUGAAAUUUAGAUGUAUCCUUUUGUGGAGUAAUAUUUGUUUCUAUUCAAAUAUAUAAUGCCCUUUUCCUGUAAUUUGUGUAUUAAAACCUGACAUUGCAAUGGCUCAUACUCUUUUUUUUCUUUAUCCUUAUCAGAUCCCUGUAGAUCUACAUGAUAAGGAUUUUCUGCCAAUUUUACAAGAGGAGCCCCUGCCACCACUGGCACUUGUAGCUUUUACAGAGGAAGAGCAGGUUGGUGCUUUCACUGUUCCUAUAGGAGGCCAUGCUAAAAUGAAUAUGCAAAAUUAUAACUACACCUUUCUCAGUGUUUUUACCCAUUUUGUUUCUAACCUAAUAAGUAUAAUUGUUGGUCAUAGACAUGUCUUUUUAAAGUCCUGUCAGCCUCCCUCUCUCUCUUUCUUCAUCCCCCUCUUUUUCCCUCGAUCUCCCCCCACAGAGAAAUUUCUCCAUGUCUGUAAACAGUGCAGCGGUGCUCAGGCUGAUGGGAAGAGGAGUGGGUCCAGUGGGGCCAGGGGCACCGAGGGGUCGAAGUACUUCACGGGGCAGAGGUGAGGUGGAGCGCCUUAUUGUGUCAAUGUGUGCAUCCCAAUAGUCUAACGUGACUUACUCUGCUUGUCUCAUCAUCUGAAAACAGUGGUAUGGAGGAGGCAAAGCAUACUUAAAGUUGCUUUCAACUGUUAAGCUAUUUCAGUCAGUGCUGAUUUUAAGGAGAGGAGAGGAACCCACUUUAGAUUAUAUUGAUUAUUGAGACCCACCCCUAAGAAUGUUAACAAUCUUGUGCCAACUGCACAGAAGGGAAUUAACAGUAGCACUUUGUUUCUAUGCUUGAUUAUGCCUCUGUCAGUAGAAGCUAUCACAGCUGGCUGAAUUAAUCAUCACCAGCUAGCGCCAACAUUAAAGUGUAGUGUGUGUGUGUUUGAAUCCUUCUCGAGUGUAAUGUGAUUUGUGGAUUCAAAUAAAGUAUUUAAAAUGUGUAUCUGGCAGGACGGGGUAGAGGAGACGGAGGGUUUUACCAAAGAAGUUUUGAUGACGUGGAGGGAGGCUUUGGCCGCGGAGGCAGGGAGAUGCACCGCUCCCAGAGCUGGGAGGAGAGGUAAUGGACUACCCUCACUGGAGACACGAGCGUGUAACUGGAAUUUUCACACACAUACACUUUGACUUCAAUGUAUUAUUUAUGCAAAUGUUGAGUGGGCGCAUCUUAAGCUGGGUUCCAAGCUAGUGGAAUGAGAAUGGUCUAGACCACGGCUUUCCAACCCUGUUCCAGGAGAUCUACCGUCCUGUAGGCUUUCACUCCAACCCUCAUCUAGCCCACUUGAUUCUAAUAGUUAGCUGGUUGAUACACUGAAUCAGGUUAGUUACAGUGGGGAAAAAUUGUAUUUAGUCAGCCACCAAUUGUGCAAGUUCUCCCACUUAAAAAGAUGAGAGGCCUGUCAUUUUCAUCAAAGGUACACGUCAACUAUGACAGACAAAAUGAGAUUUUUUUUCCCAGAAAAUCACAUUGUAGGAUUUUUAAUGAAUUUAUUUGCAAAUUAUGGUGGAAAAUAAGUAUUUGGUCAAUAACAAAAGUUUCUCAAUACUUUUAUAUACCCUUUGUUGGCAAUGACACAGGUCAAACGUUUUCUGUAAGUCUUCACAAGGUUUUCACACACUGUUGCUGGUAUUUUGGCCCAUUCCUCCAUGCAGAUCUCCUCUAGAGCAGUGAUGUUUUGGGGCUGUCGCUGGGCAACACGGACUUUCAACUCCCUCCAAAGAUUUUCUAUGGGGUUGAGAUCUGGAGACUGGCUAGGCCACUCCAGGACCUUGAAAUGCUUAUUACGAAGCCACUCCUUUGUUGCCCGGGCGGUGUGUUUGGGAUCAUUGUCAUGCUGAAAGACCCAGCCACGUUUCAUCUUCAAUGCCCUUGCUGAUGGAAGGAGGUUUUCACUCAAAAUCUCACGAUACAUGGCCCCAUUCAUUCUUUCCUUUACACGGAUAAGUCGUCGUUGUCCCUUUGCAGAAAAAUAGCCCCAAAGCAUGAUGUUUCCACCCCCAUGCUUCACAGUAGGUAUGGUGUUCUUUGGAUGCAACUCAGCCUUCUUUGUCCUCCAAACACGACGAGUUGAGUUUUUACCAAAAAGUUAUAUUUUGGUUUCAUCUGACCAUAUGACAUUCUCCCAAUCCUCUUCUGGAUCAUCCAAAUGCACUCUAGCAAACUUCAGACGGGCCUGGACAUGUACUGGCUUAAGCAGGGCACUGCAGGAUUUGAGUCCCUGGCGGCGUAGUGUGUUACUGAUGGUAGGCUUUGUUACUUUGGUCCCAGCUCUCUGCAGGUCAUUCACUAGGUCCCCCCGUGUGGUUCUGGGAUUUUUGCUCACUGUUCUUGUGAUCAUUUUGACCCCACGGGGUGAGAUCUUGCGUGGAGCCCCAGAUCGAGGGAGAUUAUCAGUGGUCUUGUAUGUCUUCCAUUUCCUAAUAAUUGCUCCCACAGUUGAUUUCUUCAAACCAAGCUGCUUACCUAUUGCAGAUUCAGUCUUCCCAGCCUGGUGCAGGUCUACAAUUUUGUUUCUGGUGUCUUUUGACAGCUCUUUGGUCUUGGCCAUAGUGGAGUUUGGAGUGUGACUGUCUGAGGUUGUGGACAGGUGUCUUUUAUACUGAUAACAAGUUCAAACAGGUGCCAUUAAUACAGGUAAUGAGUGGAGGACAGAGGAGCCUCUUAAAGAAGAAGUUACAGGUCUGUGAGAGCCAGAAAUCUUGCUUGUUUGUAGGUGACCAAAUACUAAUUUGCAAAUAAAUUCAUAAAAAAUCCUACAAUGUGAUUUUCUGGAUUUUUUUUCUUCUCAAUUUGUCUGUCAUAGUUGACGUGUACCUAUGAUGAAAAUUACAGGCCUCUCUCAUCUUUUUAAGUGGGAGAACUUGCACAAUUGGUGGCUGACUAAAUACUUUUUUCCCCCACUGUACAACAGGAGGGUAGCUCUCAAGGAACAGGGUUGAAGAGGCCUGGUCUAAACCCAUUUGUUUUAUGAGGUUUACAUAUUGUCAUGUUGAUUUAUAUCUGUCUGUUUUUAACUGCGUCAUCCUUUUUGUCUUUUUUCCAAGUCAUGCUGAGUCUAUUUUCUCCCCAUCUAGGGGAGACAGAAGGUUUGAAAAGCCAGGUCGAAAAGAGUCAGGUUUGUGUCAAUACUUUCUAAUCAAAUAGUCAAUGCAGUUAGAAUGUAAUGUACUUAAAUGCCAGUUACAGCAUUUGCAGGUAAUGUAAUCAUUUAUUUUUCUCUGUCGCUCCUCUGUUCCAUUGACUUGGCAGACGUUGCUCCUGCCCACUUCCCGAUGAAUCAUAGUAAGUUUGCCCUCCACGCCCUUGCACUUAUACACGUCCCUUUCUUGUCAAGGGGAACUAGAUGCUGUUUCUCCAAAGAAUAUAUAUUUUCUAUGCUAAAACUGAGUGUAAAAGUGUACUUCACAAGGGCCUAACUGUAACGCUGUACACUACUUAAUCAGGCAACAAUACAGCUCUGCAAAUGUUUAGACAUCUCACCACUUAUUUAUUGAAAUCAAGGACAGUAUCAGGCUAAAAUAUGAUGUAUUUCUCAUGUAGUGCUACAUAUGUAUGUACAAAAAUAAUGUUGAACUUGAUGUUCCCCUUUUGAUAAAAUAAAGUUAUUCAAUUGUUUCCCCUCCUCUCCAGUCCGUGCUAACUACGAGGAGGUUGGGACCGGCAUGGGGGGCCUGCCUGUGAGGAAGCACGAUUUUACACGAUCGGAGAGUGAGAACUGGCGCACGUCCCGCGACGAAGUGAAUGGUGAGGACGGUGACGAGGGGGGCUGGCGCCUGGCGGGUGCCCCACGACGGGACAGCGACCGGUGGUGCCCCCCGAGUCCAGGUGCGCCCUGUAGUGAUCCUACACUGCUGCCACCACAUUGUCCUUUGGAUGGGUGUGCGGGUGGUGGUUUUAAUUGCAGGCCUAACUCGCUACAGGUUGAUUUUAAAAAGGCAGUCUUAUCCUGAACUCUUAAAUCACAAUGGACACCCCAAAUCAUACUACAGUCCUGUAAUCUAGCUUGUCAAUAUAUGUCUCUUGGUUAGGCCACCUAAAUGAGAGUAGGUUUUCAACAGGGAGUACUGGAAUCCAUUCGGACACACGAUAACAUCACAAAAAAAGGCAUCACAUCUAAAGUGGUGGACUUCAAUGUGAGAGAAUGGCUGGGGUAAAGCUGAGUGACAGGGUCUCUAAACCGCUCCUCUCCUCAGACGGGCCGCGGUCGGCAGGGCGGCGAGAGGCGCACCCGGGGGAGCAGCCACGGCAGCGCCGGUUCCCGUUCGACGCCAGAGAGGACGAGCGUGGCUACAGGCGUCCCAGGUCGGGCAGCGGCAGCCUGGAGGAGGAUGGUGGUAGCCUGCCAGAGUGGUGCCUGGAGGACGCUGAGGAGGAGACGGGCACCUUCGAUUCCUCCGGAGCCUUCCUCUCGCUCAAGGUCCGAGUGAGUGUAAAAUCCAUAUAGUCAAACGAACAUCACUUGUUAAAGGGAUACUUCGGGAUUUUGGCAAUGAGGCCCUUUAUCUACUUCCACAGCAUCAGAUGAACUUUUGGAUACCAUUUUUAUGUUUCUGUGUCCAGUAUGAAGAAAGUUAGAGGUAGUUUUGCGAGCCAAUGCUAACUAGCGUUAGCACAAUGACUUGAAGUCUUUGGGUAUCUGCACAAUGACUUGAAGUCUUUUGGUAUCUGCACAAUGACUUGACGUCUUUGGGUAUCUGCUAGCAGAUAACCAUAUACUUCCAGUCAUCGCGCUAACGCUAAUUAGCAACUUCCUUCAAACCACACGCAGACAUAAUAAAUGGUAUCCAUGAGUUAAUCUGACUCCUGGGAAGUAGAUAAAGUGCCUCAUUGCCAAAAUCCCAAAGUAUCCCUUUAAUGGGUGCUGGGCCAAAUAAAGGUUGAAGAAAUGAAGUAGGACCUGCACACAUUAUCGAGGUCUAUCGAGUAGAUAUGCAAUGAUUAUUGGUUUUCCCCAAUGGGCAAUUUGUUUGCAGCUAUUACAAGAGGUAUGGCAUCGGAGCACUGUGACAUGGAACUAUGUGAAUGCAAGGCUGCUAUGAGAAGGAGAUAUGGAGACUUUCAUGACAAUUCGUGUAUAUAUUUCUCAUCCACAGAAAGCUCCCAAGGAGCCCAUCCUGGAGGAGGCAGAGCUGGACUUCAGACCCCUGGAGGAGUGUGAUGAGGGCCUGGAGGAGGACAGACAGCCCCGGGAGACCAAAGACUCAGACGGAGAGGCAAGGAGAGAGCCCGACAGAAAACAGGGUGAGUUAAGAGGGGUUGAAACUAUGUCCGGCAUACUGUAUUUUUGCUCCCAAUAGUAUGUAUGUGGAGAUUAACAUAAAUUAAUGUAUCUUGUCUUGGUUUUUUCCCAGAUGUGGGGAGAGGGGUAGAGGAGGCGCCGCCUGCUCCCUCGACUCCAGAGCCCCAGCCACCCGCCCCUCGGCUGCCCCCCAGCCAGCCCGACAGAGCAGAGGAGCCUGAGAGGCCACUUGAGCGGCCCCCAGCCCCCGAACACAGGCCAGAGGCCAACAAAGUCCCCCUGCACGUCCCCAUGUCGAUGCCCAUGUCCAACACAAUGCUGGAGUCCCUCCCCAUCCCCCACACUGCAGCACACACUCUCACAGGUAAGCUUACACAAAAGCAGGGGAUGAGUACAGUCAAAUCUGCCACAUUUGUUUCUUCUUAAGGCUGUUUGAUGACAUAUUGUAAAGUAAAUGACAAUGGUAUUUCCCCCUGUAACCUUGUGCUUCAAUUAUACAAACUCAGGAUUGCAUGUAGUUUGAGAUUGUCACCUGCACAUAGAAUCUAGAAGUUCCACCUCCAUCUGUGACAGACUAACCCCACGCCCUCUGUCCUGUCCAGUGUCUCCAGUGUCGGCCCCGUCGUCCACCAUCCAGAUGCAGCAGAAGCCCCUGGACGUGCCCGUGGCUAUGCCGGCCACGCUGCCCUUCAGCGCCAGCCUCAUGGCCCAGAGCACAUCUAUCAUGGCCCCCAACAUUAUGGCCCCCAGUACGCCCAUUGGAAGGCCCACGGUCAUGCCGCCACACCACACCAUGGAUGAAGAUGAGAGACUGAAGCACUUUGAACAGGUAAGAAGACAGUAGGCAGGUUUCCAUUGACCCAGGUUUAUUCAACAAAAGCAGUGUCGCAAGAAAAAUCAUUGUGACAUUUGUAAUGGACAUGGCAGACGUAGGAGACAUUUUCGAAAGAUCAAAUACAUUUUUAUCCAUUAGAUGGGCGGAUUUUUCUUUUGUCUAAGUUUAUUGCGACAAAUGAUGGAAAUUCAAAUAAAUUAUGAUUGCGAAUAAUUCUGAAAGUAAGCGGGGCACGUGAUGUUAUCACGUAACUAUAAAGCUCCACUCUUCAUUUAAUUAUAAAAGCCUAUUGCUUGCAAAAUCCAUUCAUUAAACUAUAAAAAUGUUUAUUUGUAAGACAAGGAUUGUCUUGACUUUCAAGAAUGCCUGAAUCGCUUUACAUUGCAAUUUGAAGUUUCAUCAUCAAAUAGUUUGAGAUCUCUACUAUGAGUGCAAGUUACACUAUGGCACGGACUGUGGCCAUAAUAAGGCACGUGAUAAUUAUUAGAAUACAGUAUGGCAAAUAUGAGUCAAUUCUUGCAUUCAACCCUUGCUGGCUUUUGCAGGCUACUUGAGACAUGAAACAGAUGAGUGGGCAGGACAUAUAGGCUGUCGCCACUUUAUUAAUAAACAAUUAGUCUAUAUGGAUAAUGGAAACACUUUACCACUUCAUUUUUAUUCGAAAUUCAAUUUUUUAGCAUAUAUAUAUAUUUUUUUAGUUGUGACUUCAUUACGUCCAGCUGUUUUGAUCGACAUGACAGAUCAAUGGAAACUCACUUUGGCAGGCAAUUGUCACAUCUACUUUCUAUCCGAACUUUCUAAAUGUCAACAAAAAAAAUCACUGACAAGUUCAUGGAAACCUAGCUUAUGACGGUUUCUGGUAGAAGUUAGUUGGUUGCAGAGCUGCAUGUUGAGCAGGGUAGGGAAAGUUACCAAGCUGGUUUUGGUGAAAAUGAAUUUGGACCAUCUCUGGACAUGAAAGUGCAGUGUGGGUUUACUUCUGAAACACGUCAAGAAUAUGGAGAGGAUGUUAAUUGAAUUGUAAUGAAAUCAAACGCCUUAUUGCCAUUCUGUAUCUCUCUGGGAUAAGCUGAGAUAGUGGUGUUUGUUUUGUGAUAUGUAUACAUUCAUGACGCUCUACAGGACUUGACAAACUUCUUUAGCCACUUCUUUAGCCACUGUUACAGCCCACAAAGGGUCUGUAACACCAUGGGCCAAAAAGGUGACUGAAAAUAGUUUUGUACGAUGCAAGGAAACCACGGCUGGUCUCUGAUCCCAUGUACAAUCUCCUGCUGUUGUGCCCUUAAGCAAGGAGCUUUACCCCCCCCCCCACACAAAGUAAAGUAACUGCACUGUUAGGCUACUGUAUUAAACAUUUGGUGAACCCAUCUGGAGAGCUACUGGGUGUACAGGCUUUGGAUCCAGCCCUGCUCAAACACCAGAGUCAGCUUAUCAAGGUCAUGUUGAGCAGGUGAUUUUUUUUUUACAAUGUGGUGUGUUAGAGCGGGGAACAAACAAAAGCCUGCACACCCAGUAGCUCUCCAGGAGGAUGUAAACAUUACAUUUACCAACCAAAUGCUUUUUGUCUUUAUUUCAAAGAUUUUACCAAGUUACAGUUCAUAUAAGGAAAUCUGUCAGUUUAAAUAAAUAAAUAAAUGAGGCCCUAAUCUAUGGAUUUCACAUGACUGCGAAUACAGAUAUGCAUCUGUUGGUCACAGAUAGCUUAAAAAAGGUAGAGGUGUAGAUCAGAAAACCAGUCAGUAUCUGGUGUGACCACCAUUUGCCUCAUGCAGCAUGACACCUCCUUCGCAUAAACUUUAAAGUUUUAAUGUCACAUGCACAAAAACCCAACAAUGCAAUGCUAGAAAAAAACCCAUGAGAAAUAAGAAAUAGAAGAAAACUAAGUCAGUUCCAAUACCAUAUUUACAGUGCAUUCGGAAAGUAUUUAGACCCCUUCACUUUUUCCACAUUUUGUUACGUUACAGCCUUAUUGUAAAAUUGAUUAAAUUAUUUUUUCUCUCAUCAAUCUACACACGCUACCCCAUAAUGACAAAGUGAAAACAACAGGUUUUUAGACAUUUUUGCAAAUGUAUUACAAAUAAAAAACAGAAACCAUAUUUACAUAAGUAUUCAGACCCUUUGCUAUGAGACUCGAAAUUGAGCUCUGGUGCAUCCUGUUUCCGUUGAUCAUCCUUGAUGUUUCUACAACUUGAUUGGAGUCCACCUGUGGUAAAUUCAAUUGAUUGGACAUGAUUUGGAAAGGCACACACGUGUCUAUAUAAGGUCCCACGGUUGACAGUGCAUGUCAGAGCAAAAACCAAGCCAUGAGGUGGAAGGAAUUGUCCGUAGAGCCCUGAGACGACAGGAUUGUGUCGAGGCACAGAUCUGGGGAAGGGUACCAAAACAUUUCUGCAGCAUUGAAGGUCCCCAAGAACGCAGUGGCCCCUAUCAUUCUUAAAUGGAGGAAGUUUGGAACCACCAAGACUCUUCCUAGAGCUGGCCGUCGGCCAAACUGAGCAAUCGGGGGAGAAGGGCCUUGGUCAGGGAGGUGACCAAGAACCCGAUGGUCACUCUGACAGAGCUCCAGAGUUCUUCUGUGGAGAUGGGAGAACCUUCCAGAAGGACAACCAUCUCUGCAGCACUCCACCAAUCAGGCCUUUAUGGUAGAGUGGCCAGACGGAAGCCACUCCUCGGUAAAAGGCACAUGACAGCCCGCUUGGAGUUUGUCAAAAGGCACCUAAAGGACUCUGACCAUGAGAAACAAGAUUCUCUGGACUGAUGAAACCAAGAUUGAACUCUUUGGCCUGAAUGCCAAGCGUCACAUCUGAAGGAAACCAGGCACCUGGCCAAAACCUGUGCGAGGUUUCCUCCAGACGGGCUGUCAUGUGCAUUUUACUGAGGAGUGGCUUCCGUCUGGCCACUACCAUAAAUGCCUGAUUGGUGGAGUGCUGCAGAGAUGGAGGCCACUGUGUUCUUGGGGACCUUCAAUGCUGCAGAAAUGUUUUCGUACCCUUCCCCAGAUCUGUGCCUCGACACAAUCCUGUCUUGGAGCUCGACGGACCAUUCCUUCAACCUCAUGGCUUGGUUGUUGCUCUGACAUGCACUGUCAACUGUGGGACCUUAUAUAGACAGGUUUGUGCCUUUCCAUAUCAUGUUCAAUCAAUUGAAUUUACCACAGGUGGACUCCAAUCAAGUUGUAGAAACAUCUCAAGGCUGAUCAAUGGAAACAGGAUGCACCUGAGCUCAAUUUUGAGUCUCAUAGCAAGGGGUCUGAAUACUUAUGUAAAUAAGGUAUUUCCGUUUUUGAUAUAAAUAAAUAAAAAAGUUUAUGCUUUGUCAUUAUGGGGUAUUGUUUGUAGAUUGAUGAAGGGGAAAAAGCAAUUUAAUCAAUUUUAGAAUAAGGCUGUAACGUAACAAUGUGGAAAAAGUCAAGGGGUCUGAAUACUUUCCGAAUGGAUUGUACAAUAAAGGUGUCUACAUUCACCCCCAUGUCUUUCUCACUCUUCCUGUUUUCCCUCUCUCCUUGUGAAGGAGGCAGAGAAGAUGGUGGCGUAUCUACAGGACAGUGACGACCGGCUGGCUGCCAAGAGCUCAGUACACAAACCAGCUGGCCUGCCGCUCACACACGAGGCUGCUCUGAAGUGGUUUUAUAAAGACCCCCAGGGAGAGAUGCAGGGUAAGACAGAGGGAGAGAGUGAGGGGAGGGGGGAGGCUUCUUUGAAUGAAAAUCUGCAUACUCUGCAACCAGUAUCAUUUCAACUAGUCACCACUGCUAGAGAGAGACUGGCUUCUUUAUCUAUUAUCAAUGGCACGGACUGCUCAGAGUGCAUACACCUGUAUUUCCUGGUCUAAAGUCAAUUAUUAAUCUUUGAUUAGAAGUGGUUGUACAGCCCCGGAGUAGAAUAUCCUUUCAAAUAGUCAGACUCAGAACCACUUUCAUUUCUAAAAAUAGUUUUUAAAUGGAUAAAUGUAAAAGUGUCAUUGUCAAAUCUAAUCAUCUCCCCCUCUCCAGGUCCAUUCAGUAACCCGGAGAUGACGGAAUGGUUCCAGGCAGGCUACUUCACCAUGACCCUGCUGGUGAAGAGAGGCUGUGACGAGGUCUUCCAACCCCUGGGGGAGAUCAUCAAAAUGUGGGGCAGGGUCCCCUUCGCCUCCGGACCAGCACCGCCACCCUUACUGGUGACCAUCACUACUUUUAGAUAUUGUCAAAUAAUCUUGAUAUGGGCAAUUCAAAAUUAUUCAGACACUCCCUGGACCACCUUAAUUUCUCAUUGUCAAGACAGAGCAAGUUUGUGUUGGCCGCUGGCACGUUCAGAAGGAAAAUGUUGUGAAUGUUGCCAUUAUUUAUUCUGCAAGUCAGAGAGGCAUGUUAGCUGUACAUAAUUUAUUGCGUUCCACAACGUUGUGCAUGUUGAACGCAUCCAAGGUGGGCUUCCGUUUGCCUAUCCCAUGUCUAACUUGCUGUCUGUGUUCACAGGGUGACGCUGGGGACCAGGAGCGUCUGAAACUGCAGCAGGAGCUGACGGCCCUCAACCUGUACCAGCUGCAGCAACUGCAGUACCAGUACCUGUUGAGGCAGCAGUACGCCCAGGCCCUGGCCCAGCAGAAAGCCCAGGCACUAAACUCAGCACCACACCAGCAGCAGCAGCAACAGCAACAGCAGAUAAACCUGCUCCUCCAGCAAUACCAGGCCCUCAAGAUGAGGUCAGCGGAACACACGUAAGUGUACCCACGCACACACACCUCUACUGCAAGACCCUCAAGAUGAGGUCAGUGGAACAUACUGUACGUAAGCACACACACCGACAGUAAUACCGGUGUCCGAGAAUAUGUCAGGCACACAUUAACACAGUAGGGUGACGUUUUCCCUAGACACUGAUCUUGGGUCAGUUGAGCAUUUUCCCCACUAAUGGUUAAGUUUAGGAUUGGGGGAGAGGAAACUGAUCCUAGAUCUGUACUUAGGGGAAACUUCACCCUGGAGAACCCUCACACACACAGCAAUACCAAGCCCUCAAGAUGACGUCACACAUACAGAUAAUGCAAUUUCGAUCAUGUCUAUGUUGUUAAUGUAAUUUGUUUCUGUGUUUGUCUCCCUGUGUAGAACAUCUGAGAGUCUCUUACCUCCUGUGACGCGGUCCAUGUCUGUACCAGACUCCCAGGGUUCUGUGUGGGAAAUGCAGAACCCCUCCUCUCAGGCCUCUUGCACACCAAACAUCCAGCAACCUGCCCCCAGUGGUACGUCUCAACCCAGAACACAAAUACUUGCACAGAAUUUGUUUUGGCUGAAGUUUUAUAGCAAAUAGAGCUUUUGAUAGUUUGAGUAUCUGAACCUCUAAACAGGACGUUCUUCAAUUUACAAAAAUAAGAGAAGCCUCAAAAUCGUAUGAUCUAUAAUGACCAUCCGGCCUGACUGACUGUCUGUUUUGUGUGUCCUUUGCAGCGUGGGAGGGCAGCAGUGUGUGGGAUCUGCCCAUAGACUCCAUGGCCCAGGCCCCCACCAUAGAACAGAUGCAACAGCUGGAGAAGAACAAGGCUGCUAAGGUAAGAGCCCCAUAUUGUCUAUACUUAUGCAAUCCUUAGUCCUAGAUGAUGUAGAUGUAGGGCUCAAUGUGGGGAAUUGGGACAUUUUAAAGCUAGACUAGAUUCAGCACUGCAUCUAUUGAGAUGAGAGCGAUGCAAGACUUUGCUCUCACACUGUCACACAGAAUAUCUGCGUAUGUGCACGGGUGUGCUUCACGCUGCUACAACGUGGUAACUACCGGACCAAAACAGCGGUGAAGUUUGGCCUCGCGCUUCAAUGCUCUUAGUUGUUGCGGAAAUCGGUCCGAUAUCGCUGAGUCUAUCUUUUUAGAACAAGUAUUAAAAAUAAAACAAUGUGAUUUGCUUUUUAAAGGUCUCUCCUCCUCAUCAACUGGAGCUGGAGCGGCGUGAGGCGGAGCUGAGAGCCAAGAGGGAGGAGGAGGAGGAGGAGGAGGAGAGGAAAAGACUGGAGGAAGCGUUACGGGCCCGACAGGAGGAGGAACGCAAACGCGUGGAGGACGAGCUAGCACGUCAUAAACAGGUUAGAGGGGGUGGUCAUCAGACUGUUGCCUGCUGAAAUAAGACGGUCAUAAUACCACUCUUUAGAGAAGUUGGUAUGAAAUGUUAUGAAUUUCAGCUGCACCUCACCUAGUCUUUGUUGAUUUUCAAUACAUGUUUGCCUAGAGAGUUGCAAGUUUGACCCAGUAGCCAGUCUAUUCCUAGGAAGAGGCCUUGAUUUCUGUUUAAUGCAAUUCAUUUGAUUGAUUGAUUUUACUAUCCACAGGAGGAGGAGUUGAGGAGGCAGCGGGAGCAGGAGGAGGCACAGCGCAGACAGAUGGAGGAAGAGGAGCGGCAGGCACAGGAGGAGGCCCUCCGCAGACUGGAGGAAAGAAGGCGGGAGGAGGAGGAAGAGCGGAAGCAAAGGGAAGAGUUCCUCCGUAAACAGGUACUGGGCUUAACAUUAGGCUAUAACUAGCAAUGCAAAUGGCUUUCUGAGAUACGAAUAAUAUUACUACACAGAGCAUACAUGUAACGUUAGCUAGCGAGCCAGGAAGCUAAUGUUCGCUAUCUAGCUAGCUAACUACGUUUUAACUUACAAUGAAAACAACUUUCUGACAAAAUUAGAAACGUAUAAUAUCUGAAAAUGUAGCUAGACUCUUACCCAUAUGCAUGGAUGAAUGCUUCACAGAAGCGUGUCUUUUUCAUUUGGUUUGUAGCUAGCUACAGCUUGUUUGGCCCAUUGUGUCAAGCCACUCUGGUUCACAAUGACCGUGUGCAGAAAGUAGUCCAUCACAACUUUUUCCCAAUUGAUCUUUGUUGAUAACGCAAUGUUGAGAGCAGUAGCAACACUUUUGCAGUUCUCCAUGGCUAACAUAUCUUUCAAAAAAGCUGCGGUAGCAAGGAUUAUCUAUACAGACUGAGCAGCUCAUGUUAUAGACAGAAGCAUGCUACAUGACCGACCAAUCAGAACUCAUCUCUCGGCUUGUCCAGCCCAUCCAUCUUCUCAGCCAAUCAUGGCUAGCGGGAAGGUUCCUGUCUUUUUCCGUGGCUAAACCAACUAGGCUCGUAAUUUAACAAUUGUAUUCGUAUUUACAGAUGCCAUACACGUUUGUUAUUAAGGCACAUGAAAGUUCACGUUACUGAAGACAUUUCUGCCCAAAAAUGCAUUUAGACAAAUAAAUAAAGUUAAAAUGCCUUUCCUGUGAAGUAGUGACCUGUGACAUACAGUACGCCUAGCUUCUUGAAAUGGGUAUGUUAAAAUAAUUGUUACAUAAUUUUACCAAUAUGUUAUUGGGCUCAUUUCUGGAGGUUGAAAUUACAUUUUAGUGUGUGUCAGCAUCAUUUUAUGUUGAUUCAUUUUGGAGUAGAAUGUACAUUUUAAAAAGUCACCAGAACUGAGCUUCUCAGUCCUUCUACAUAAAAAUUAUCCCAGGGGAGGAACCAGGACUCCCUAAGAAAGGGGACUGGAAUUGGCUAGAUUCGCAGUUUAAUGCAUCUACAAAAUUAUCCUCUUUCCCUAAAAGCAUGAUGGUCAUGACAUUUUUACAUGAAAGGAGAGAUCGACUUAAGUUUCAGUCAUGGGAUUUUUUUUUUGCUUUAAGAUUAUAUGGACAGGGGUGACCUGAUCCUAGAUGAGUACUCCUACUCUCAGAUGCUUUGUGAAUACGGGCCCAGAGCUGCUGUGAGGAAUGCUAAAAGGCAUGUUGCUACGUAGUGUUAAUACUAAAGUUGACCCUAUUCUAACAACCACGUUGUUUCUCCCCAGGAGGAGGAGCGCCGGAAGCAGGAGGAGCUGGAGGCCCUGAGGAGGCGCGAGGAGGAGAAGCGGCUGGAGGAGGAGGAGGCCGCGGUGGCAUUGGCACGGCAACAGCAGGAGGAGGCGAAGAGGAGGGAGCAGGAGGCGGUGAGGCAGCAGGAGCUAGCCAGACAGAGGCAGCAGCAGCAGGAGGCGCUCCGCCGACUACAGCAGCAGCAGCAACAGCAACAGCUAGCCCAGAUGAAGGUGACUAAUAUUAUAACACUAACACAACACUAAAGACACCUAACACUACACUACAGCAACAGCAAGCCCAGAUAAGGGUAACAUACUUAGUAUGCACACACAUCUACCACUACACUAGCCCAGAUGAAGGUAUGACUACCUUUAUAAACUACACACCAUAUAUAACUACCAAAGUAACAUUGAAGUCAGAACAUCACUGAAUACUGUAUUUUAAGGUGCCUGUAAUUUAGCAUGGAAAUGUACUGGUUACCUGACUACCCUCGCUCCUUUCCCCUGUCCCGUAGCUGCCGUCGUCCUCUAAGUGGGGCCAGCAGUCAGCAGUCACGGCAGCAGCCAUCUCCCAGUCCCAGAACGCCCUGUCGCUCGCUGAGAUCCAGAAAGUGGAGGAGGAGAGGGAACGACAAGCACGAGAGGAGGUGUGAACAUAGGGGCUGAAUUCGUAGAGGGAUACAGAGGCUACAAAUCUGGACAAUGCACAACAGCAUUUUGGAUACCAUAAUAACAUUUCACCAUAUAUCAACUAUUGUUUAAAAAGGCUCUAAACUGUUAAAAAUCCUUCUCAACCUUUAUAAGGAACUCAGUAUAUCUCACCCCCCCCCCCCCCCCAUGCAGCAGCGGCGCCAGCUAGCAGAGCACCUGAAGCUCCAGCAGCAGCAGGCCCUGCAGGAGUCCCUGCAGCCCCAGGCCAAGCUCUCUGGUUGGGGCAGCGUGGCCAAGCAGCCGGCCACCACCAAGUCCCUGCUGGAGAUCCAGAGGGAGGAGGCCCAGCAGGUGAAGCAGAGGAAGGAGCAGGGGGGUGGGGGCCAGCAGCCCAGUCACCCCACCGUCACCCAGCAGAACCGCGCCCAGAACAGAGCUGUGAGUCACUCGUUGGUUCGUUCAUUCAUUUUUUAAAUCGUCUGCAUUCAUUCUGGUUUGGUCGUCCAUAUCAUGUAUUUGACUGUGCUGAUAGUGUUGUCUAAAACGGUGUUUCUCAAACCUUUCUUUGAGGACCCCCAGAUGUUUCAAAGAUUUUUGGUAGUCCUGAACUAGCAUACCUGAUUCGUCUAAUGAAGGGCUUGAUGAUUAGUUGACAAGCUGAUUCAGGUGUUCUAGGUCUGGAAUAAAUCAAAUACAUUGAACGUCUGGUGGCCCCAGGAGAAGAGGUUGGGCAAACAGUGCUCUAAAUGAAAGACGACUGUUGGAAUAAUUCUUCCCUUCAUUCUUUGACAUAAUGACAGUUUAGUUUAUUUGGAUCCUCAUUAGCUACUGCACAUGCAGCAGCUACUCUUCCUGGGGUCCACAUAAAACAUAUAAAUACAUGACAAACACAGUAAUAGACAAGAACAACAUAAGCUAUUACAUUUACAUUCAAAAUAAAAUAAAUUAUAAAAUUAAAAUAAGCUAUAUAUAGGAAAGACAACGACAAUACUAUUUACAAACUAUUCAUAUAUACAUAUUCUUAUAUACAGUACAGUUAAAUUAGAUCUUUAGAUAGGCUCUGUGAUACAAUGUUUUUUAAAGCUAAACAUGCUUUUUGCCUGAGUAACCUCUAGUAGCAGAGCAUUCCACGAUGACAUGGCUCUAUACAUAACUGGUCUGACAAGGUUGGAUCUAUCUCCCUCUUCCCCCAGGCCACUGCUCUGAGUUCCUCAGUGUGGGGCUCGGUGGCCACCAGCAGCGUGGGCGGCGGGGCUCCUAACUGGGGCGGGGAAAGUAGCAGCAUCUGGGGCGACAGCACCAACUCCAACAUGGGCUUCUGGGACGAGGCGGCCCAGCCCCCGCCACAGGCCCCACCCCCCGCCAGGAAGCCCAGCGCUCAGAAGAACAACAAGGCAAACGCCAACCUCAGGUACAACCUCAGGACAGUUUUACAGCUUGCACCUGCUUGUCUAUUUUGGCUGCUAGACUGGAAAGGUUGUGGUCAGGACAAUUCUCUACCACAUGGCUGUUAUUUACAUUUGAGUUAGGGGAGAAUCUUCCACUCAGUCCAAUGUUUUGUUAGUCAUACAUUGAUGUCAAUAACAAUGGGAGACUAAGUGAAAAUUCGACUUACAGAUGCAACCAAAUUUUUGGCACCCUUGUAUGAUUUACUUUUUCUUUUUAAAUAAGUUGAAAACUUUUUUUGGGGAGGGGGUCUGUUUCCUCAUAUCAAAAUCAUUGACUGAGCACAGAUUGCCUCCCUGCACAUGCUAGAAGUUGGUCGUAUUUAACAGAAUUUGACUAAAGUGUGACUUUGUGGCUAUUUACAUCGUUUUUGUUCACACCCUAGGUUAUUUUUCAAUAUCAGUUUGUGUUUGAUGCAAGAGCUAGCCAAGCGAUUCUCCACCGUUACCACAGCACCUCCCGCCCUUAAAGGGGCAGCUGAAAAUGUAUCUCACAUAAGUGACUCAUAUUUGAUGGUAUACUAUGCCUGAUUGAGCAUGGAACACUCCAAAAACCUUUUAUUCAUGAACUCUUAGUCAUUUCUAAACGUUAAAACACUUUAAUUGUGCUCAUGUACUCCUUGUAAAAAUGUAGCAUAGAGACCUGUAUAAUAGUGUUUAUUUACAUGAGUUAUUGUAUUUUAAAGUGAAACUGACAGCGUUUUAACUACUUUGCAGAUAUGAAACAAACUGACGAUCAUAUCAGUCAACAAUAUCAAAUUCCUAGUUGAUGCUACAAAUCCAACUUUAUGAGAAGUUUAAAAAAGAAGUUAUAUUUGACUCAACAUUCCAUGAUUUGGAGUAAGGCAUUGUUGGCAGAAUAGAUGGAUGCAGUUCAAUACAUGAUUAACAUAAUUCACCAAAACAUUUCUUGGUAGUGCAACAAAUAUUGCUAUCAUGUUGUAAAUCAUGUUUGCUGUUUCAGUUUCACUAACCACGUUUCCAUCCACAUGGUUGGAACCAAAAAAACGAUUAUUCUGUUCCACUUUCCGACCAGCAAAAGGAAGUUCUGAACCGGUGUAUAUCGUCCCCUUCUGUUCCUUUUUUACCCCCCUAGAGUCGAUGUCCGUGCCCCCGCGGAAAUCUAAUUGGCAUAAUAUAAAAACCUGUCAGUUUAAGCUAGAGAUAUCAGAUAUUUUUUGCAUUGGAUGCAUCUCAAUUCAUGUCGCAUCUGCGGUGAAAGGUGACAAAGCUAGAGCGGUGUUUGUCAGACCAUGAGACAUACCGAAAAUCGGUCUUCUCACAAAAUUAUCUGUAGCAUCCAAACGGUUUGGCCUACAAACUAUUAUGACUCCCCUAUGGAAAGAUAACUCUCAUGAACACGAUGGUGUUCUCCGUUUUUUUGUUCUACGACCCCCACAAGCGUCAGUACAGCCAGCCAAUCUCCCAACUUCUGUCUGUAGUGUCCGAACAGUUUGGGCUACACACUAAUAUGACCCCUCUGUGGAAAGGUGAGACUCUCACGAACACGUGAGGCCUUGCUCACAGUCAGCUUUCCAAUUCAUCCCAAAGGUGUUUCGAUGGGGUUGAGGUCAGGGCUCUGUGCAGGCCAGUCAAGUUCUUCCACACCAAUCUCGAAUAACCAUUUCUGUAUGGACCUCACUUUGUGCACAGGGGCAUUGUAAUGCUGAAAUAGGAAAGGGCCUUCCCCAAACUGUUGCCACAAAGUUGGAAACACAGAAUCAUCUAGAAUGUCAUUGUAUUCUGUAGCAUUAAGAUUUCCCUUCACUGGAACUAAGGGGCCUAGCCCAAACCAAACCAUGAAAAACAGCCCCAGACCAUUAUUCCUCCUCCACCAAACUUUACAGUUGGCAUUAUGCAUUCGGGCAGGUAGUGUUCUCCUGGCAUCCGCUAAACCCAGAUUUGUCCGUCGGACUACCAGAUGGUAAAGCGUGAUUCAUCUCUCCAGAGAACGCGUUUCCACUACUCCAGAGUCCAAUGGCGGCGAGGUUUACACCACUCCAGCCAACGCUUGGCAUUGCGCAUUGUGAUCUUAGGCUUGUGUGCGGCUGCUCGGCCAUGGAAACCCAUUUCAUGAAGCUCCAAUGAACAGUUCCUGUUCUGACGUUGCUUCCAGAGGCGGUUUGGAACUCGAGGACAGAUGAUUUUUACGUCCUUCAGCACUCAGCAGUCCCGUUCUGUGAGCUUGUGUGGCCUACCACUUCGCGGCUGAGCCAUUGUUGCUUCUAGAUGUUUCCACUUCACAAUAACAACACUUAGAGUUGACCGGGGCAGCUCUAGCAGGGCAGAAAUUUGACAAACUGACUUUUUGGAAAGGUGGCAUCCUUUGACGGUGCCACGUUGAAAGUCACUGAGCUCUUCAGUAAGGCCAUUCUACUGGCAAUGUUUGUCUAUGGAGAUUGCAUGGCUGUGUGCUCGAUUUUAUACACCUAUCAGCAACGGGUGUGGCUGAAUAAAUGCACUGUUGGUUAAGGGCUGUAAGUAAGCAUUUCACUGUAAGCAUUUCACUGUAAUGUCUGCACCUGUUGUAUUCGGCGCAUGUGACCAAUAAAAUUUGAUUUGAUUUGAAAUAGCCCUAUCCACUCAUUUGAAGGAGUGUCCACAUACUUUUGUGUGUGUGUAUAUAUAUAUGUAUAUAUAUAUAUAUAUAUAUAUAUAUAUAUAUAUAUAUAUAUAUAUAUAUAUAUAUAUAUAUAUAUAUAUAUAUAUAUAUAUAUAUAUAUAUAUAUAUAUAUAUAGUGUAUUAGAGAUGUGAGACCGGAUUUGUGUUUUACUUGUCUUUAUGCACCUCUAUAGAACAACUUGUCAGAUGCAGGUGCAUUGAAGACUGAUGUAUUCCUGUCUGGAGAGACUAAGAUUAUUAUGCAUGUCAUGAUAAACCUUAAAUCCAGACCAAGGAGCCCUACUCCCCCCCCCCCCUACCACAGGACACUAUUUUGAAAUAUGUGUAUUAUGUACUUGUUAUUCUCUGAAAAUAAGCAAAUAUUCUUGCACUUCAUAUGGACUUUCUACACGUUUCACCUUUUUGGGCCCUUACCAGUUUGCAUCCCUGAAUAUGGUGGAUCACUGAUAAUAGGAUGAUGGUUUAAAAGGAAUUCUUUAAAGUUUUGGAGUCACUGUAUCUAAUUGUGUGUAUGUGUGGUAACUGUGAGCAGCAGUAGGGCCAAUAAGAAGGUGGAGGAGGAGGAGAAGCUGCUGAAGUUGUUCCAGGGGGUUAAUAAGAGCCAGCAGGAUGGCUUCAUGCAGUGGUGUGAGCAGACCCUGCACACCCUCAACACCGCCAACAACCUGGAUGGUGAGUAUAUAACAUACACACACCGCCAACAACCUAGGUGCGUCCUUAAUGGUACCCCCUAUUCCUUAGGGGCCCUGGUCAAAAAUAGUGCACCAUAUAGGGAAAGGGUGCCAAUUCAGACGCACCCUAAAGAUACCUUGAACCUAAAGUAACCUUGACUGUGAUCCCAUCUUUAAAACUCACCCGGCCCUCUUCCUCUAGUCCCGACAUUUGCGUCUUUCCUGAAGGAGGUGGACAGUCCGUACGAGGUGCACGACUACGUGCGCGCCUACUUGGGGGACACGUCUGAGGCCAAGGAGUUUGCCAAGCACUUCCUGGAACGCCGUGCCAAGCAGAAGGUCAACCAACAGAAAGAGCCCCAGGUCCCACAGAACCAGCAGCCGACUCUCAAGCAACGACCGCAACAGCAGGUGAGAGAAACAUGGCACGACAGGUCAUUGGAGAACUGGGGUGUAGCUAUUUAUUAGUAACCAAACGAGACAAAAAGGGUGAAGGAACUUCCUGAUUUUGUCCAAAAGAAACUUGUUUGUUGCAAACUGUUUUCCGUUGCAAAACCUUUUGCUACGAUGUGCACUAAUGAAUACUCCCCUGGUUUGGAGUUAUGUUGUUGUCUAUAGUUGUAUAAUAAUUGAUUGGUCUUAUAUAGCGCUUUUCCAGACACCCAAAGCACUUUAAAUAGUAGGGGGAAGCUCACCUCAUCCACCACCAAUAGUUGAACUAGCUAGUAGUGUUGUCACGAUGGUAACAUUUGAUUAAUGAUACGAUAGAAGGCCAAGUAACGCAAUACCUCGGGGGGAACAUUUCAGAUUGGCCUGGCGUCCUUUUCGCCCCGUCCCCUGACACUUGUUCAUGUUUUCUAAAUGUUAUGCACAUGUGCUACACAAAAAACCUGUCACUGAUAUUCACACUUUUACUCAAUACAACACAUAUUACAUUUUACUUCACACUGUUCACUGUAUAAUAGAAUACUGCAUAGAAUGGCUAAUUUGCUCAUAUUUGCAAAGGCCUACCUGUGAUUUGGCUGGAGGAAUGGGAGGAAGGAAUGUAUACUGAACAAAAAUAUAAAUGCAACAUGCAACAAUUUCAAUUAUUUUACAGUUCAUUUAAGGAAAUCAGUCAAUUGGGGAGCCAGGCCCAGCCAAUCAGAAUGAGUUUUUCCCCACAAAAGGGCUAUAUUACGGACAGAAAUACUCCUCAGUUUCAUCAGCUGUCCGGGUGGCUGGUCUCAGACGAUCCCGCAGGUGAAGAAGCCGGAUGUGGAGGUCCUGGGCUGGCGUGAUUACUCGUGGUCUAUGGUUGUGAGGCCGGUUGUACGUACUGCCAAAUUCUCUAAAAUGACGUUGGAGGCGGCUUAUGGUAGAGAAAUGAACAUUAAAUUAUCUGCCAACAACUCUGGUGGUCAUUCCUGCAGUCAGCAUGCCAAUUUCACGCUCCCUCAACUUGAGACAUCUGUGGCAUUGUGUUGUGUGACAAAACUGCACAUUUUAGAGUGGCCUUUCAUUGUUCCCAGCACAAGGUGCACCUGUGUAAUGAGCAUGCUGUUUAAUUAGCUUCUUGAUAUGCCACACCUGUCAGGUGGCUGGAUUAUCUUGGCAAAGGAGAAAUGCUCAAUAACAGGGAUGUAAACAAUUUUGUGCACCAAAUUUGAGCGAGAUAAGCUUUUUGUGCGUAUGGAAAAUUUCUGGGAUCUUUUAUUUCAGCUCAUGAAACAUGGAACCAACACUUUACGUGUUGCGUUUUAUAUUUUUGUUCAUAAUGAUCUGAAUGUUAUUGUGGCAGUAAGGAGAAAACACUGCAUGAAACCUUUACUCUGUAGUUAACACACACACUCUCUCACACUCUCUGUCUCCCUCAUAAACACACACACCACUCUCUCUCCCACAAACACAUACACACUGCUCCCAACUUUAAAAACGUUAGGCACCAAACAGAAUUUAAGGAGCACCAGCAAGAGAAUGAUAGUUUGAUAGUUGUGGUCCUCUGUAGCUCAGCUGGUAGAGCACGGCGCUUGUAACGCCAAGGUAGUGGGUUCGAUCCCCGGGACCACCCAUACACAAAUGUAUGCACGCAUGACUAAGUCGCUUUGGAUAAAAGCGUCUGCUAAAUGGCUUAUUAUUAUUAUUAUUAUUAUUAUUAUUAUUAUUAUUAUUAUUAUUGUUAUUAUUAUAGUUUAAUCUUCCUUUAGGCCUACAUGAAUCCUACCUUCUGAAGCACAUCUCAUGAGUAGCAAACCCUUUUCCUUUCUUCCUGUGCCAAUCAAAUUUGCUUAGACCUAAUGUCAAGUUACCAGGUUGUUAGCUGGCUAGGUAACAUGACUGAAUAACAUUGUUUGAUAUCAGACCUAUAAUUAGAGAACCGGGAUUAGUUUAAAACGGCCCGCGCAUGGUUUGUGAAAUUAUAAAAAAUAUGCGCUAUUGCACAGGUAGAAAAAAAGGUAGCUCUGGUAAUAAGUCAUAUUUUUUGAACCGCUAGAGACAAACUGUUGUUUUUGUUUCAAAGUUGCAAAGCUGUUUUUCUUCUCUGGCACUGCUGCGUGACAGCAAACUUGCAAAGCCUAUCAGACUGGCCUGUGCUCUUGGUUAUGCCAGGUAUGAAAUGAUAUACAAUGUAUCAACUUUGUUCGUGCUGCUCCAAUGUAUCAAAUGUACAAAUGUAACAACAGAAGACUGAUCAGGGUCUCCAUCCCCCCUCGCCAUCAUGGCUAAAUUAUAUUUAAAAAUCUGAUGGAGGAAUAGAUGCGGACGGAGAAAAGCAGGUGAGUGAGGGCUGGAAGGGGAUGCGGCUGGCGGAUUACAGCUACCACACGUGAUAUGCACAUGAAAGUGAAGUGGACAUUAUUGGACCGGCGCAUACAAGAGACUAGUAUUUCUGUUUACGUAUUGUUUUACAGAAUUUAUCAACAAAACUGACUUCAUAAACAUUUUAUAUCAGCCGCCCGUGGGUUCUUGAGAUCGGUAUGGUCGAAAAAUGUGGUAGUAUCAUAUGAAACGGUAAUACAGUAUUCUAAAAUGUUGGUAUCAUGACGUUUUGGUACUGGUAUACUGUGCAACACUACUAGCUAGUCACGGUCAGAUGGUACUAGAAUUUUACAGAUGUUUCUGCUUUUCCAUGUUGUCCUGAUCACAUCCCUGGGUCUUCAUGAGCAGUUUAAAUGUUGAGUCAGGUGUGUUGGUUCUAGGCUGGAUCAUAAGUUCUCCCAUAACAAGGUUGGUCACUGCCAACUGUUUUAGGGCUUUCAAAAUGUUACCUUGGUCCCCCAGUUAGAGAGACCUAUAGAGAACUGAGAUAAAGGCAGCUGGACCGUAAUAUGUGAGAAAUCAAUACCAUGCUACCAAUGUUAGUCGUUAUCUGACCCCUCAUUUCCCAGUGUGACUCCAUUUCCCAGGAUUCAGUGUGGAGCGGGACGGGCUCUCAGUCUCUGUACCAGUCGAACCACACCAGCCUCCAGCAGCAGUCACGUUUCGAGACAGUCACCUCAGGGAAGAAGAAGAAAAAGCAGAAGAUGGUCCGGGCAGACCCCAGCCUGCUAGGUGAGGACAAAUACAAUUAUGCAUUAAGAGUAUGACAAUCAUUUGUUAUUUUAUCACCUUUAUUCCUAUAUCACCACUUGUAAUUGAUACAGCCUUACCUGGCAACUCAGAGCAUUUCUUAUCAACUGAUGCUGUAUUUAAAGAAUAAAAUAAAAAUACCUAUUUGACAUUGAAUCUAACUGAACUCUUCCUGUUCUCACCACUCCCCAGGUUUUUCUGUGAAUGCGGCAUCUGAGAGGUUUAACAUGGGCGAGAUAGAGACGGUGGAGGACUUUUAA